CAUUCAUGUUUCAAAUUACACAGGCUGCCUCAACCGCUGUAGAAAUGCAAAGUUAAUGCGAGGCCACGCAACGAUCGAGCACUUUAGAAAGAACGCUAUCAGAGGCGGAUGGGCAAUUGUUGGCUCCAUUGAAACGAAAAUUUUAUAGCAUCAAAGCACAACAACUGGUAAAUAAACGAGUUGAUUGUUUGGUGUAAGAUACAGCUUUGUUUGCGAGGGAUCAAAACCUAGCUUGGAUAUAAAAUCACGACGGCAUAUCAUUGACAAGAGAAAGCCCUGAAAACAAGUCAGCGCCAGUCUUCCGUGACAAAAGUUGUGUUGUUCGAGAGACAUCAGUAGCUUGGAGAAGUGGAAAAAGACCGGGGAAGGCUUACUUACGAUUUUCUGGAUUUUGGCUGAAAAGAGUUUCCUGUGUUUGCUACCCACGGGCGAAAAUAUUUCUAAAAUACUUUGGAUAUUUGCGAAACCAGACUUUUUACUAGUGGUGAGAUCUGAGGCAAAGAAAAGUUGAGGGAAAUGUCAAGUCAAAAGGAAGGAGCGAACCGACCAAUGGGGUAUGGUUUAACAGCCGAGCUUGAGUUGAAAAAAAUGGAGAAAUACAACGCCGAGGAGGAACGGAGUGCUUUAGCAUGGAUAGAGGCGGUGCUCGAUAAACCUGGUCUAUUCGACGACAUCACGGGGCCAAAUGCCGUGCAUUCGAUACUCAAAGAUGGCAUCAUUCUUUGCGAGCUGAUUAAUGUCUUACAACCUGGCAGCAUCCGAAAAGUCAAUCAUCAAAAAAUGCCAUUUUUCAAGAUGGAAAAUAUUGGGAAUUUUCUAUCGGCUUGUGAAUCGUAUGGUGUCUCAAAGUGUGAUCUGUUUCAAACGGUCGAUCUAUUUGAAUAUAGAAACAUGGUCGCAGUUAUAAACGGUAUACAUGCAUUGGGAAGGAAAGCGCAUACCAAAUAUUCGGGCCCUGCACUCGGACCUAGAGAAGCAACAAGGAACGUACGAGAAUUCACCGAUGACCAACUAACGGCUGGGAAAGGGAUUAUUGGUUUGCAGAUGGGUACAAACAAGUUGGCGAAUGCUGCUGGGAUUAAUAUGGGAAAAUCGCGUGGCAUUACAAGCAAUCACUGACGACAUUCAGCGAUUGGACAAUCCUUUCUAGGUGUGGAUAAUUCAGUAUUUCCUCGAGCUCAGAAACUGAUGAUAGCUUUUGCUCGUGCAAGCUAUGAAUUCAACGCCUUUAAUCUUAGCUAAAGUAUUUAAUGAAUAAAUGAAAUGAUAUUUUUCAUUUAAUUAUAUUUUUUAGUUGAUAUUCAUAAGUUCUAAGUUCA